AUUUUAAUUACAAACAACUAGGAAAACAAUAAAUUUUCAAAAAUAGUGUCGAAAACAAUUCUAGCUCAACAAAUUUGCAAUGACUCAACUCAACGACAAAGGCGUCGAGCAUUUCAAGCCCACCAGCAGAUGUCUCCUCACACUCGUCACGCUGAUUUUCGUCUUCUCAGCUACAGCUUUCGCCCUUACACAAAUUUCGGCCGAUACAACGGAACUCGCUACAAGAGCGGAUAAGGAAUUAGACGCCAAAGUUGUAAGAAUAUUAUUGAAUAACGGUGAAUGGAGGCAACAAAAAGAAAAACAACCGAAAAAGUUGUUACAACAAAAUGAUACAGUCCAGCUACUGACAACAGCAAUUAAAGAGGAAAAAUCUGAAGAGCAACACAUUCAAAAUAAACGUGAUGUGCCAAACAACAAUAACACCAACAACAAUAACAACAACAAUCAAAUUAAAAAUACCAAACAAGGUUACUAUGAGGAACAACAACCUGUCAUCGUACACGCUGAGAGUCUACCCACACUUGGCCGGCGUCAAAACGAUUAUGGUGACCCACAAGCCGGUUAUGAGGAUCCCUAUUAUGCGCGCUCCCCCACCGUUGAUGAUGAUGAUGAUAAUGAGUAUGAGGGAGAGCAGUUUGAGCAGGUGCCGGUUCACUAUCCCUAUCAGCAGCAAUCUUCUGCGGGCUAUUAUAGCGAUGCUCCUGCUGUUGCUGAGAAAAAUUCCGGUAGCGAAGAAGAGCCUCAGAGUGUGGCCGAAGGCCGUGCUGCACAAAACUAUGAUUCAUACUAUCGACAACCAUGGCUUUAUGCAACACCGGCACCGGUACGUCGUCCAAAUGGUGGUUGGGAGGUGGGCGACAAUCGGAAAAUGCACACUGGCGAAAGCGACCCCUACGCUGCGUACGAUGCCACUGGACCAAUGGAUGAUUACGAGUAUCCCGGCGCACUAACGCCAUUGCAAAAGCAACAAUUAAUACAGCAACAGCAAGAACAACGAUUACAGAAACCGCAAAUCCGCCCACAACAGACCACAGCACAGCAGCAGCAACUGCAGGUGGUCCAAGGGGCAGACCCGCACAGCCGCCCAUCUACUAACAGUAACGGCAACACCAAAAUCGACAACAACAGCAAUUCACCAUCCACGGAGAACUCACUGCUAUCCACAUUGAAAAGCCUCAAAACCAUGUGGGACAUUUACCAAGCAUUUUCCGCCGCUUGGAAUAUGCUCGCGACACAUCGACAAAAACAAGAACAAGAACAACAAGAAGCUGUAAAACGUCGUCAGCAGCAAAUCGCACAACAAAUGCGUAUCAAUUCGAAAAAACCGCCCAAAUUCAGCGAAACCGGCACGGAUAAAUAUACACAAAGGAAUAACAGCAGCAGUCCCAGCAGUGAUGGUGGUGCUGCUGGUGGAGGUGCCACAAUUGCGGCUAAACGAGUUAAGCUCAAUAACAAAGCAAAUAAGAAUCCUAAAACUACAACAACAACAACAAUGAAAAGUACUGCCGCAACAGAGCUGGAGGUGAGCAGUGAAGCGGAAGAAACGGUUGGCAAUAGAGGCAGCAGCAGCAGCAACGCAAGUGGUGGUGGUGGUGUUGGUCGCAAUAAAAAAGCCAUUGGCACAAAAGGCGAAGCAAUGGCGCGUCAAAAUGCUCAGGGUAAGCGUGAGAAACGUCAAAUGUCUGACACAGCUGCAAAGGAAUCGACUGAUGUGGGCGAAGGUCGUUACAUCAAAGGCGAUCCAUUGAAAGGUUAUUAUGAUUUCGUUAUCACCGAGGGUUCAUACAAAUUCUGGGCUGUUUUUCAGACUGGCACCGCAUUGCUGAUUAUUUACUCAACUUUCGCCGCCAUUUAUUACUCGAAAGUAAAUCCAUUGGUGUCCGAUUAUGACUACACUGACUAUUUGGGCGGUGCACGUUCUUUGAGCGGCGGCGACGAUGAUUUUAUCGAUGAUGAUGAUGACAGUGGCGGCGAGGGAGCGGCCGGUGGUAAACUACGACGACGCAGCAGCUGGCUCGAUGGCAUAUUGCCACGCACAGGACGUACACUGCAGUAUAUACUCGAUGCGCUCGAUAAAUUGCCAGUAGACCAUCGCGAGGCGGACGAGGCAAUGAAAAGCGAGCAUUUAAGAGUAGCGGAGACAGACGAACCAGCGGUUGACAAUGGCGUAGCGGAAGAGGUAAAAGAAGGAGUGUAUGAAGAUGAUGAUGCAACGACGGAGACGGGACAAAGCGUGGUAGGCGGGGAUAGUCAGGAGGAAUUGCUGGAAUCCACGCAGCGGCAAUUGCGCGCCAUUUAUGCUGCUUGACGGACGUAAUGAGUGGCUCCGAUAAUAAUUUGUAUACAUGACUGGUUAACGGUAAAUGCAUGCACAUACGCAUACGCACAAAAGCAGUGCAACUUUAAAAUUAAAAAAAAAAAAAUAAAUAAUAAUCAUAGUAAUGCGCCGCUAUAAAUUCUCAUGCAAUUAAUUACUUUACUUUUGUUUGUGCUUUCCUUUUGCCUUAUACAAAAUUCCAUUGAGAGUCAGAAGGGGAGAGAAUGAGGGAAGCUGCAGUUUACUACAUACUCUUUUACUCGCACCAUAUAAACUCACUCUUAACAUUCCUUAUUCACAUUCAAUCAAUAAAAUCUCGUUUUUUUUUCUUUUUUUAAAUAAAACAUUAAAAUUUUUAUUUGACUCAAUUUUUUUCCUUAAAUUCUUUAUGUUCUCCUUUGGUAUCGAUUUAUUGCAUGAAAUUUAUACGUGCGCGUUUACAGACAUUUCGGCUACAUGUGCUGUUGUUACAUACAUGCACAUGUAGAUAAAAUAGUUAACCCGAUGUGUUCACAUCUGGCGGUCUUUUUUGUUGCCUUUAAAAGUUGCCAUUUAAUUUCACUAAAAGACAUUUGAUUCGGUGGAGAAUGUCGGCAUUUAUGGUGUCCGGCGAAACAACGCAUUUAAAAAGCAAUUCAUUUAUAUUUUAAAACAAUAAUAUUUUAACACUUUCAUAUUCUUUAUUUGUUUAAGU